AUGAGUGAUGGUUCCAUGUGAUUUUUAACCAAAAUUUGUUGCAAAAUAAAUGACAAAAGAGAAACAAUUAACACCCAUGUGAUCAGAACAUAUUAAUUAAAAUAUGUGAAGCAAGUUUCUCAAGGGCAAGUAAGAAAAAUUAGUGGUCAUCAUGGCUGGUAGAGGGCUUGCAAAGUAUGUUUGCAAAACAUGGACGUCGUUUCUUAAGCCGAAAUUAGAGAUAACAAAUUUCUCAAGGAAUGUAAGCAUUAAGAACAAAUGCCCCAAUGACACCGUCGAUUGUAUCAAUCCGUGUUUAUCGCAAUGGCAGAAAGUGUGCGACAAGCCAAGAUUGAAAUGUCCACCUUGUCCGAAAAAGCCAUGCCUCCCUCCGAUACACAUGUGCCCAUAUGACGAUCCGUGUUUCCACUGUCCUUAUACCCCACCGCCAUGCCCUAAAACGAAGGAUGCUUGCUGCAAACGGGCCUGCUGCCCUCCUUACAACCCCUACCAGUUCAGGGAUGUCUGUUGCUUGCCGAAACAUCCAAACAGAAUAACCGACGCUAUGUGCCCCGAACACUGUAAAGUGAAGAGAAACGAAUGCUGCCCUUGUCAAGUUUGUACUUGUAAAGAUCUCAAGUGUGAACGUUCGCACAAUUUCACUUGUUGUCCGCCAAAACUACCAGAGAAAAUGCAUUGCUGUACAAACAUGACAGAUAAGAAAAUUUGUCCCAAAGUUGCUGAAUGUGGAGAACCAAAGUGUACUAUCGAAGUGGUAGGAAAAGCUUGUAAACCAACCAAAUAAAUGUUUGACCACUAA